UUCUCAUUACAUUUAAUUGACAUCAUCAUGCCACAUAAACGUUCUAAGCAAUCUAUAAGACAAGCAGAUCGGAGUACAAAAGGUAAAGAUUUGCCGCCAAAGACAAAUCAAGUAGAUCUUCGUGAUAUGCCGAAAGGAGCAAUGCGGAUAUUGAAUGCCGCCAAAGUUCAAGAAGAUUAUCACAGAAGAAAAAAAGAAGAGAAUGCGAAAUUGAUAAAGAAGAAGGAAAAGAACUUCAAAGGUCAUGACGAUCAAGAGCUCAAGAUUAAAACAGGAGAACAUUUGAAAGAUUUCAAUAGGCGUGUUGAGAAUGCUAUGGCAUCCGAUGUUAAUGCAACGAUUAAAUCAACCAGAGGGUCCAAAAGAAAACGAAAGACAGACGAAAAGGAUGCAAACGAUCGAUUCAAAGAUGAUGCAGAGGAGAAAAGGUCUUCAAAUAAGCAGACAGAAGAGCGAAACAGUCAAAGUGAUCGUGAUUGGCAAAUCGCACAACAGAAGAGGAGGAUAAAUGAUGUAGUGCAAGCACCGCCUAAUCUCACAAAAGCUCCUAGAGGAAUGGUGGCGCCAUCUAUGCGACGAAAGGCUGAAUUGGAGGCUGAACGUGAAAGAGCGAUAAGAGCGUACCGUUUGGUGAAAGAGCAAAAGCAACAGAAAGCACAACAAUAAUCGAGAUGAUGGUGCAAAGUGCGACAACAAAAUAGAUCUAUUCCAACAUUGUAUUAUAAUGUAACCUUGUAUAAAAAAAAAGAACAAAUGUCCGACAGCAUUUUGGCUCCUUCUACUUAUUAUCAAUCAAAAUGUUGAUGAUGCAAUAGCAGGGUUCCUAUAUGGCUCUCGAUUCAUAACUCUCCUCCGCGAUGAUCCUUCAUUGAAAAAAGAGAUCUAUGGCACCUUCAACUCGCCUCAAAGAUCCCAAAGAAAGGGAAGUGU